AUGUCUCCCAUCCCGGAUCGGGUACAUGCUUCGACGUCCCUCAUUCCUUUCCUUGACGGCGACUGUAGAGAGCUUUCUCUCUCCAUCCCAAAGCACAUCACAUCUUGACAAUAGGAAUGUCCUAUCCAAAAUCGACAGGUGCAGGUCGGAAAUUCUCCAUUAUACAAGGUAGAGAGAAUGUUGGGUGCAGGAGGUUUUGGGCUGGUCUACAUUGGACGAAGGGUGGCUGGUGGAUCUCAGGGCGAUGGGCCCAAUGCCUUUAAGGUUUAGUUUCAACCUCCCAUCACUCCUGCCAAGGGAAUCUUUAAAUACUGCUGUUUUAUGUUGUCUCUUUCAUUUUCCUGCGGUGGGUGUAGGUAGCACUGAAGUUUGAGCAUAGAAAUAGCACGGGUUGCAGAUUUGGCCCCCCAUAUGAAUGGCAAGUUUAUGAGUAAGAAGACACCCCCUACUGCUCUAAUUUAUUACGUAUUGUGUCGAUCUAAAACUACGUUCUUCAUCUGACUUUGUGAAUAUGGUUUUAGCCAUCUCAAGGGAUGCUAUGGAUUGCCUAGGGUGCACUACAAGGGCCGCCAAGGAGAUUAUUUCGUCAUGGUUGGCGUAGAGUCUUUCAUUUUAUUGUUUCCUCGAAUUAUGUUUUUUAUUGAAAGCUAAUUAUGAUAUUGUUGAUGAUGAUUGCUGCAGAUCAUGGACAUCCUUGGACCAAGUCUCCUGGAUGUGUUCAUAUCCAUUGGGCAAGUGUAAGAAAAUAAUCUUGACUUCAUAUUCAAAGUCAAUAUUCUGUUGAGAAUUGUGCUAUUGAGUUUGACUAACUCCUUGGACAGAAUGCCACCAAAUAUGGUGGCUUGUAUUGCUGUGGAGGCAAUAUCCAUCCUUGAGAAGCUACACCAAAAAGGGUACGUAUGGCUUUGUGGCAGUGUGAUAUUUUUUCAAUUAAAUUUUUGCAAAGGUCACAGUAAUCAAUUCAUUGCUCCCUUGUGCACUCCCCUCCCUCCCUCCACCCACACAAAAAAAAAAACAUGCCAGGUUUGUGCAUGGAGACGUCAAGCCAGAGAAUUUAUUGUUGGGUAAACCCGGAAGCUCAGGGGAGAAGAAGCUUUUUCUCAUCGACUUUGGGCUGGGUAUGUUGCUGCAUUCCAAUCACUUCUUGUUUUCACCUUUCGCACCUAUUGAUUUUAGAGUAGGGUUUGUUUUUCCAAGUAUAUAAACAAAUUCGUCUUGACUGAGAAGUCCCUGUCUGUAUCAACAUCAGUGAUAUUUUUGUGCUUUGUUCAGAGCCUGUACAAAUGCUAAUUGGUGUCAUUAAUAUUUUAAUCAGCUUCAAUGUGGAGGGACAGUUUGUCAGGCCAGCAUGUCAGCUUAUGCCAACAGCCAGAUAAUUUCAGGUUUUUUGGGAAACGAUAUUCUAUUUUUUCCCUAAAUUCUUAGCUAAGAGGAGGAUUCAUAAAAUCUUACCCCUACCUUACUAUCUAUCUCAUGUUCCCUAGGGGCACAACACGAUAUGCAAGCGUCCAUGCACAUUUAGGCCUCACAGCGAGUAGAAGAGAUGAUCUUGAGUCAUUGGCCUACACUCUGAUUUUUUUGAUUAAAGGAAGGCUGCCGUGGGAAGGCUAUCAGGUUUGCUUUCACCUCUACUUGUACAUGUUCUCCCAUCUCUUUGAUUGAUCACUUGCUGAUUCUUAUGCCAACUAUGUAGGGGAAUGACAAGAGGUUUCUAGUCUUCAUGAACAAGACUGUAACCUCCCCCGAGACGCUGUGUGGUGGCUGUCCCCCUCCUUUUGCACAAUUCCUUGAAGCAGUGAAGAAGAUACAAUUUGUUGAGCAGCCCACCUACUCGAAGCUCAUUUCUCUUUUUGGAAGCUUGAUAUGCCCCCCCUGCACCCUGUUAAAGACCAUUCGGAUUGAUGCAAUUUUGAAGGUGGUUGCAAACAUGACAUCACUGAAAUUACCUCACAUAUUUUUAUUUUAUGUCAGAUGGUUUUAUCUCUUUUUCAUGGCUCUAUCAUCUGUUGUUAAAUAGGCUGACCAUGUUUCCAACAGGUUCACCAAAAACGUGGAAGAUUGCAGGUAAAUAAUGAAGAAGAUGAGUGUCAUAGAAAGAAACGGAUAAAAUGUUUGAUUGAUGACAGACCAUGACCAUGUACAUGUAAGAAUAUAAAUAAAAUCUGUAAAGUGCCAAUUGAGAAAACAUAAAUCUCAUGACUAAAUUAUUUAUUAUUAUUGUUAUUAUUUAUUCAUAAAGAAAACGAUAGUUUAAAAGCCUCAUAUUAAGGGCAUGAAUAUAAUACUUUUUUAAUGUAAUCAUAGCUAUUGAUAAAGGUGUGUAAUUAAUAUUUAUGCAAAAACAGAAACUAUAUCAAUCAAUGAUAAUAAUACAAGACAAUCAUUUAGAGGGCGUGAGUAUAAGUAGAUAUUUAUAUCAUAGUUACUCUUGCUAGGAAUAUGUAUCAUUUAUUGCCAACAUUUAAACUUUAGAAAUGUUUUGUACCUACUAUCUAUUCACCUUAGAAAUGGCACCACUUUGGACGUAACCUAUUGAGUACAGGAAUAUAAUAUGUUUAAGUACAUUCACACUUACAAAUUAUCAGAAAUAAUUAUUAGACCGAUAAAUGUAAAUUUUAUGCAUAAAUAAUGAAUAUUACUUUUUUAUAAGAAAGCUGGCACAUAAAAAUACAGUAUUAAAGGGAAGAAAUCUAAUAUUAUUUCAUACAAUCAUAAUGAUUAGUUGCAAUGAAUAAUUACUAUAGUUUACCAAAAUGAAAAUUUUAUCAGUAAAUAAAUGAACACUACAAGUAUUGGAUUAAAUGGCACGAAUUUGAUAGUUUAGGUUAUAUUUAUAAUUACUAAUCACUAUGAUUAAAUAUUAUUUAUUAGAAUAUGUAAAGUUAUGAAGAAAUAAGAAUUAUGUAUUGGAAGCUUAUGUGUCCACCAAAGGACACACAUCCACCCCAUAAUGUGUUUAGAACCACAUGUAGUCCAAAACUAAAAGUAAUGUAAUGUCGUAAUUGGUUCCCAUCAUAGUAAAAGUAUGAUUUCUUUAGUGAUGAUCUAAAAAUUAAGAAGCAUCUAGAUUCAUAGAAGAUCGGGUAGAUAAAGAGGAGUUUGAAAUAAAAGUCACAUAGCUAUGCUUUGUAAUGUUUUCAAUUUGAAAAGCAUAUCUUGACAAAGUUAAAUCUUAUAUGAUUCACAUGGGUGAAUGUCAUCGUAUAUACUUUUUAUACAUUGCACCCUCUAGAUGUUUUCCUAAACUUGAAGCAAAAUGUACCCAUCGUCAAAUCUUGAUUCAUUCCAUUGAUGAGUGGAAAAUAAAUUUCUUGUCUAAAGUAGGACUUUUAGUAUAAGUAGGAAAGUUAAUGUAUUAACAAGUGUGCCGACCAUCACAUUUAUGAGGAUGAUGAAUUAAUCAUGGAAACUAUUUAUUGAAAAAAAUUAUUAUCUAUUUUGACUGUAGUCUAAUGUAAAAUUGUAACUAAGAGUUACAUAAUUCUAUAUGCGACCCCUAUUAAAUGUUUUUGAGCCAAAUCUAUAUUGUAUAUAAAUUUGUAUAUAGUUUUACACAUAUAAAAUGAGAUUUUUGCCUUUUUAAGAAUACACGUACAAUAUUUUCAAGUAAAUUGAUAAUAUUUUCAAGUACAAUAUUUUUACCUUUAUUAUUUUUUAAUAUAAUGUCUUUUUUUGUCAUAAUAGGAAACCACUGAUAAGUUUUCAUUAUCAUGACUUAUUAAUUAGUAAAUAAUAUAUUUUUAACCUUAACUCAUGAUAAAUAGACUUAUAUUUCUAUUAAAUUAUGAAAAAUAAUUUUCAAUUGAUUAAUGUGAUUUUUUAGCUAAUUAGAUAAGUUUUUUUAUGUAUUUAUAUGAUUUUUAUAAUCCUAUUUUUUGAGACAAAUCAAGAAAAAGAAAUUAAAAUAAAAAUAUAGCAAAAAAUGGAGACCCGUCAGCCAACUGAGCUUGCAAGUAGGUCAGAAGCAUAGUUGGGGGGACCGCGAGCAAGGGCUUGGGUGACUAGGACCAAUGGAGACAUGUGUGCACCACUCCCCUUCCACGUCACCGGUGGCCAGCCAAGUUUGAGGCAAGGAGUGGUUGUACAUGUGAGAGAAAAGUACUUAUUACUUGUAAAUGUGAUAUUACUAUAUAUUUGCCUAAAACUUUGGCACACAAGUGAUGUGAGACGAAACCCACAUCACACCUUCCCUUGAAAAGCUUUGAAGAUUUUAAUACUUAAAUUACUUCUUAAUUAUAAUAGAGAUAUACUAUGACGAUGUCACUUGAUAAGGGCAUUAGAGUACUUAUUUUAAUCUCUCUCAUGCAGGCGGGCAAUAUGUAUGGGUUUGAAUCCUCCUAGAGCCCAAUGAAGGAUUAUCUCGACUUUCCUAUAGACCACCAGUGAAGGAUUAAGCCACUAAAAUUGUUAGAUCAUUGGUAAAAAACUUGUCAACAUAAUUUGCAAAGUAUUGUUACUAAAAUUGCUGAAAAUGAUUUGCGAUAAAAGGAUCACGAAUUCAUUGAGUAAAUCAUCUUUGAUUGAUAGAUGAACAAGCCAUUGUCAAGAAGAAGACAAUCUGUCGUGAGAUGAGUCACCACCUCUUGAAAGCAUACUAGAUACAAUGAAGAGCCUUCUCUUGCUGCACAGACUUAAGGAUGAAGUUCCUUAACAUACGUCCCACCUCCAUCUAGCUUCUCUCUGUCAGGUGACAGCCGCUAAAGAGUCACAAAGUCGUCAUUUUUUAGCUCUGCUAAGUGACAGCUGCCGGAGACAAUUUGAUGACCCAUUUCAUUGAUUUCUAGACUUUGCAUGGAUAUCUAGAGAUUGCCCACAUUGUCCUUGUCCAAGGAGAGCCUUUGAAGCCAUGGACUACAUGACAAUCUUCUCCAAUACCUAGAAUUCUCAUGCAUCAUCGACACAUUGCCGCCGUGAUGUUGGAACUUUAUUUUUCUAUUUUCAACUUAAUUUCUACUUCAUUUAGUAAUAAUUUGUAUAAUUUAAAUUUACCAAGCUAUAUUUGAUUCAAUUACGAUUCUUUCACUUUUUACAGAUCUUAAUUUGAUCAAUUAGAUCAUUUGUAAUUGCUUACACAAGAAUCACUAGGUAGAACUUUAUUUCUAUUUAAUUCGCAUUCGUCGGGCACUGACGUCAUCUUAACAUCGACACCCUUAUUUUCUUUUUUCACGAAUUGAAGUAUAUUUUAUUUUUAUUUCUCAAUGUAAAAUUCAUAAAAAAAUAUAUUCUUUGAGAAAAAUACUAAAAGUUACCCAGUAUUAUAUUACAUCUUUGUGAUCGACUUGGAAAAUUACCACUAUUUUUGUAAAUUUGAUUGAAUUAUAAUUGAUAUAUUUGUUCAGAAAUACUUUUAAAUAUCUAAAAAUUAGUAUUUUCUAGUUUUAUAAUUUUUAAAUUUAUGUGAUUUACAAUACAACGACUAAGUCACGUCAAAAAGUUUUUCACCUUCCUAUAGAGAUCAAACAUAAGGCUUAUUAGGUUAUAAAGAAUCUUAAUCUUUCUUUAGACCCCAUAGGUAAGCACCAUAAUGUUGCAAUUGCAAGAGCUUCAAGAACUACCCAAUGAGAUGUACGAGAAAUCUCUGAUUUACAAAGCAAAAAUGAAGGCUUUUUAUAACAUGAAGGAGAGCCGAAAGAGCUUUCAUGAGCAUCAAAAAGAUUGGUUUUACAAUUCUCGAUUGAAACUAUUCCUCAAGAAAUUAAAAUCUAGAUGAGAUGGACCAUACCUUGUGAUUAAUGUUUUUGACUAUAGUGCAGUAUUAAUUACAGAAUUGAAAACUGGUGAAAAUUUUAAUGUGAAUGGGCAAAGAUUAAAACCUUAUUUAGAAACGAACCCUCCUUCUUUACCCAUUUCCACUCAAAUUAUAUGAUCCAUCCAUUGAGCCUCAAUCUUCUUAGAACUUCCCCUCCAUGAUGUACUCUAAGAUGGCAUAGCUUUCUUUUUUAUUAUUUUUCUCUAUCCUUUGAUGUUUUUCUUGAGUUUUUAUUAAGUGAAUAGAUCCAGCGUUCUUCUAGAGGAAGUGCAUAUCAUGACACGGAUUAAUACAAAAGAAAAUCAGAAGGAUGAAGAGUGAAAAUCGAUUUGCACAUUUAAUGCUUUCUCCUUUUUCUCUUAUAUAGAUGCAUUGAGGACAAUGCAAAUGGUUGUUUGGGGGGGAAGAAUAAAUGCAUGAGGGUGAAUACAUGAGACUACAUCAAGUGCUAUAAUGCUUAUAACUAAAUGAUGAAGUUCAUCAUCUUUCAUUGUACAUAUAACCCACACUCUGAAAUUGAGAAAAUCUACUUUGAUCUUCUGUCGGAUUUAUGUUAUGAAUUCUUAUUAUUAAGUAUGAGUAGUAAAUUGAAUCCUUCUCUUUCUUGA